AUGGGCAAGAAGCGUGUUCUCAUCAGCUACGGUGUUGACGUCGACGCUGUCGCUGGAUGGCUUGGCUCGUACGGCGGCGAAGACUCCACCAAUGAUAUCAGUAGAGGUCUCUUCGCCGGGACAGUCGGCGUGCGGAGGGUGUUGAAGUUGCUUGAGAAGUACAAGAUCAGGUCCACGUGGUUCAUUCCCGGACACAGUUUGGAAACCUUCCCGGAAGAGAUGGCGAUGGUCCGGGACGCAGGCCAUGAGAUUGGACUGCACGGCUACUCUCACGAGAACCCUACCGAUAUGACACUUGAGCAGCAGCGAGACGUCCUCGACAAGACUUACAAAAUGCUCACCGACUUCUGCGGCAAGCCACCACGUGGCAGUGUCGCACCGUGGUGGGAGACCAGCAUGGAGGGUGCACAGCUUCUCCUUGACUACGGCAUCGAGUAUGACCACAGCAUGUCCCACCACGAUUGCCAGGCAUACUAUCUGCCCACGGGAGAGUCGUGGACCAAGAUCGACUACACCAAGAAAGCAGCGGAUUGGAUGCAUCCGCUGAAGAAGGGUAUCGACACAGGUCUUGUGGAGAUUCCCUCAAACUGGUAUUUGGAUGAUCUGCCUCCAAUGAUGUUCAUCAAGGCAGCGCCCAACAGUCACGGCUUCGUGAAUGCGCGCGACGUGGAGGAUAUAUGGCGAGAUCACUUUGACUACUUCUAUCGGGAAUUGAUCGAACACUUCAUGAAGCACGAGGGAGUGGAGUUUGUCACGAUGGCAGAGAUUGCGGAUGACUUCAAGGCGAAGAAUAAGCCUGCCGAUGGCGCUAUCAUGCCUGCUGCACCUGGUGCUAUUCUGAAGAAGUAG